AGAAACCCUAACCUUCACUCCUGACCUUUGACAUGUACAAAAUGAAAGUUGGUUGUUGCUCCGAAUUUUGUCCCAAGGUCUGAUGUUUCCAUGGUCAUCCUUGCGUGUCACAGUAUGUUUGAACCCUUCGAAAUAGUACGAUCUCGAUGGUGUGUGUAGGUACGAUUUCUGGAUAUACCAGAUAUGCUGUCACAUCGCGCCGUUUGGACGAACUGUGUCCGGGGGAGGGCCAGUGGAGGACGGUGGCCAUGGAGUUCCGUUAAAAAGUCACCUCAGCUCUGUCACAGGAACACGAACCUUGACAUAAGAUGGGUGAGUUCUGGCGUGGACAGACGGCAACUCAGCUCAACGCAGGAGGAGCCACCGGUGGAAAAGCCGCUACCGUCCCAGGCACAAGUGGUGAUCGCUGGGGGAGGGGCCAUCGGCUGCUCGGUGGCGUAUCAUCUGGCUAAGUUUGGCUGGACAGAUGUGGUGUUGUUGGAACAGGGAAGACUAAGCUGUGGUACAACAUGGCAUGCUGCCGGCUGCUGUGCAAUGCUGGUGGAAGGGAUCGUCAGGACGAUGUUUGAGUACAGCAAACAGCUGUACCCAAAACUAGAGGCUGAGACAGGCAUUGACACAGGCUGGCAACAGACAGGUUCCAUAUACGUAGCUCGUACCGAGGACCGAAUGAUCGCAUACAGAAGACAUGCAGAUGCAAUAAGAGCGAUGGGAGUGGAGUGUGAGCUGGUGAGUCCCAGAGACAUCAGUGUCUAUCAUCCCUUACUGAGAGUGGAUGACCUGAAGGGUGCAUUGUGGGUACCAGGGGAUGGGGUGGCUACACCAGCCGACGUCACACAAGCUCUGGCUAAGGGGGCGGCAAUGAAAGGUGUCCAGAUCCAUGAGAAAGUAGGUGUGGAGAAAGUUUUGACAGUCUCCGGUCGAGUGAACGCUGUCAGAACAAACAAGGGAGACAUCAGAUGUGACCACUUUGUCAAUUGCACUGGACAGUGGGCGUGGGAGCUGGGACAACAGUCCAGUCCUAGUGUUCGGGUUCCGUUGCACUCCUGUGAACACUUCUACAUCAUAACUGACCCAGUGGCAGGAGCUAACACUGCCACAACUCCAGUUGCACAAGAUCCAGAUGGCUAUAACUACAUGCGAGAGUGGAAUGGUGGCUUCAUCUGUGGCGGCUUUGAGCCCACACCUAAACCUGUCUUCACCGAUGGCAUUCCCUCCCCGUUUGAGUUCCAGCUUCUGGAGGAAGACUGGGAUCACUUCCAGCCAGUCUUGGAGCAGAUUCUACUCCGCAUGCCAGCACUUAAGGAGGUCAAAGUUCAAAAGUUUCUAAAUGGACCAGAGAGCUUCACCCCUGACCUGUUCCCUAACAUGGGGCAGGCUCCUGAGCUGCCGGGCUACUUUGUAGCUGCAGGGAUGAACUCAGGAGGAAUAGCCAGUGCAGGUGGUGUGGGGAAGGUCAUGGCUGAAUGGAUUAUCUCAGGGGACCCUCCUGCCGGCACCUGGCCGGUCGACAUCCGCAGGUUUGGAGAGAUGCACAACAACAGGAGAUACCUCAGGGAAAGGGUCAAGGAGAUAUUGCCCAUGCCCUAUGCACAGCCGUACCCCAAGCCAGAGUUCCAGUCUGCCAGGAAGAUGCGCAUGUCCCCGCUGUACACCACCCUGGAGAAGGCUGGGGCUGUGUUUGGUGUCAAGAUGGGGUAUGAGAGGGCCAACUGGUUCUCCAAGCCUGAGUCAGAUGAUUUCAUGGAUGUCCCCUCUGGCUGGCGGGCAGGCGAGGGCACGUACGGGAAGCCUCCAUGGUUUAACGCGGUACAGGAAGAGUACAUGGCCUGUCGUCAGAACGUCGCCAUCAUGGACAUGUCAUCCUUCACCAAGUUUGAAGUUCGAUCCUCAGGUGAUGAGGUGGUGACGUACCUACAGAGGCUGUGCUGUAAUGAGGUGGAUGUUCCAGUGGGGACAGUGCUGCACACCGGGAUGUUGAACCACUACGGAGGGUACGAGAAUGACUGCAGCCUGGCACGCCUAGCAGAGAACCUCUAUCUCAUCAUCUCACCAUCCAAUCAGAUGGUGCGGAGCUGGGAAUGGCUGCACCGUCACCUCCCUAAGGAAGGGACCGUACAGAUCCGGGAUAUCACGCCAUAUUAUGCCGCCAUCAACGUCCUUGGGCCAAGGUCACGGGAGCUGAUGGCGGAACUGACGGAUGCGGUCACCAUGAGCAGCCAGUACUUCCCCUCCUUCACCUGCAGGGAGCUGAGCAUCGGUUUUGCACCACGUAUCCGUGCCAUGAGCCUCAGCCACUCUGGGGAGCUAGGCUGGAUGUUAUAUGUACCACAGGAGUAUGCGCUCCACGUGUAUGACCAUAUCAUGCACAAGGGCAGAGAUUUUGGAAUCCGCAAUGUUGGCUACUACACUAUUGCUCACCUACGCAUGGAGCGGGCUUUUGCCUUCUGGGGAAUCGACCUCGAUGCAUCCGUGACCCCCUUCGAGUGUCAGCGAGAGCACAGGGUCAAGUUUGGGAAGGAAUCAGAACAAGAUGGAGUGGACUUCAUUGGUCGAUCUGCCCUGCUCAAACAGAAGCAGGAAGGAGUGAGACAGAAAUUUGUCAUGUUCCUAUUGGACAAUCAUGACCUGGACAAUGACCUUUGGCCUUGGGGAGGGGAGCCAAUCUGGGAGGGUGGAAGGGUCGUUGGCAGGACAACGUCAGCGGGCUAUGGAUACACGCUGAAGAAACAGGUGUGCCUGGGUUUUGUGCACAAUCCUGACCCACAGACUGGAGAACAUCAGAUCAUCACCAACAACUUCAUCACCAAGAGCAAGUUCGAGAUCCAGAUAGCUGGGAAGAAAUUCAGCGCUGCGGCACGACUGUUUCCCCCACAAAUUUGAAGUUUUUAUUACCUUGCAGUUACUGUUAGUAAUAACUCAUUGCAACAUUGAUUAACAUUAGACAUCCAGGUACUAAUAGGAUACACAAGAGAAUGACUCAAGAAACUGGUUAGAUUAGUAAAAAGUUGACUUUUAACAAAUCCAUUCAGUUGCUUGAGUAGUUUUUGUCUGGUGUACAGCACUAACAGCUACAUGUACAUACAAUGUGUUAACUCAGUCUUCAUGGUCCAGACAUACAGGUCAUCAUAUCUUAAUCCAACAGUGAGCUGCCUCGUUGGCCUCUCUUAGAUCACUGUCCGAGCAGGUGUCAAUCACUGUGUAUCAAUAUCUGCUCAUACAGUUGGACGGAUUUAGAGAGUUGACACAUGUUAGUGGUUUGGUAGGCCAUGUUUAGUUUAGCAUGACAUUGUAUUCACUGACAAAAGCUUUGGGACCUUGCAAUUGAUAAAAAAACAUAUUUUGAAAAUAUGAAGAAGAUUUUGAUUUUAGAAAGCAGGAAUAAACAGAGAAGCUAUAUCCUUGAAAGUCCAGUCCCUUCCCAAACUGUACUGUAGUCCUCAGGAGCUGAACAAACUUGUAAUUCAAUUGUUAGAUGUGACUGGAAGAAAAAUUAUACAUUCAAGCUUGACUUUAUGAUUGCCAUCAGCACAUUGCUUUGAAUUUGUACUACAGAUGUCAUUUAUAGAGGAAUGCUUGUGUGGUCUAAUACAUAUCAUGGUGCUUCUAUAUUCUUUAUGAAUAGCUUUGAUAUUUAUGUACUUUUUUUCAUUGUCCAAGAAGGUGCUCAGGCAACAAGCUGGGUGAUUGGUAAACUAGAGAAAACUAGCCUCAUUGUGUACUCUUGUCAAAACUCAGCAUUUUCAAGCAAUUCCCAGUUUGACAAAGCUGAGGAGGGAGCAUCCAUAUAUAACGUUAUAUCUGACAUGUAUGUUUUUUCCCCUACCGUUUCAUUUGUACAAUACAUUUACUAUAAAUUAAAUUUAUGUGUUGUAAUGUUAACGUUUUCUUGAAUGUAAUAAAGAGGAGCAUGUCUUGAGAGAAUCUAUGGAAUGUAUUGCAUGGAAAGGUCAUUUAUAUGUUUAAGAAAAAUGUGUGCUCGUGUACUUAAUGUGCAAGAAGCUUAGCUGUGUGUCUCUGCCUUUGUCUGCAUGUAAUGCAGUAGAUAUUUGCAGUAAUAUUGUGUACUUAAAUGGCUUGUUGCUACAUAUAAGGACCUUGCUACAUGCAAUAUGUUUACAUUUGUCGACUUGGGGUUUUUGAGAAUUGUGGUAUAUAAAAUGUCAAGCAACAUUAAGGGGAAUGUUGCCAUAGGUCAGUAAGAUUUGAAACAAACAGUGAGAAUUGAUAUAUCUGUUAUGUACAUUGUUUUGUAAAUACUUAGGCUUCAGAAUACAUGCAUUCUGUCACCAAACUGACAGGUUUGUAACAUGUAUAGUACAUGUGGAAUUAGUCUUGUUUCUGGUCAGUUGCAGAACAUAUAACUGUUAAAAAUGCUGGAAAGGGGAUGCUAGAAGUUGAACUUUGAAUAGCAACCAUGGCAAAACAUGUACUAAGCUAUUAAAAACUGCAUUUCAUGUUG